UCGGUUUCAUUGACAACCUGUCAAAUCUGAGGACAGCUGAGAAGCAGUCAACACCGCCUCGCGCAUCACGUAGAAAGAAGAUGCUUUUUUUAUUCUUCAGUUCACUCUUUGAGGGUCUUGUUAAGACAUCUGGAGAAAGAUCCUCUCUCAUAUAAACUGAAAAACAUCAACUCCAUCAACUUUACAUCUUUCCCCAUAACUAUUUACCUGCACUUUGGCAGGCCUUGUCCAGCCUCUUCUCUACCCCGCUAACUCACAUUCCCACGCUUCGCCAUUGACCCACCGCGGCUCCUGCAGGCUGGGUACGGAGCUGGUCUGGCCGCGUGCCCCUCCAGCUCUGUGUGUUAGUGUGAGAUGGAGCGGCAGGCUGCAGAGGGUCGUAGCCGCUGUGGACUGUAAUGUCAGAGCCCAGCAGCCCCGGCGAGAGCCAGUGCGGCGCUCCCAGAUUCUUCGUGGGCUGCGCGGAGGAUGAGAGCGAAGGCCUGGACGACUACACCAGCAUGAGGACAGACAUGGAGCUGUACGAAGAUGACCUGGAGGAUGACUCGCCUCCAGAGCGUCAGAUCGUGGUGGGGAUUUGCUGUAUGAUGAAGAAAUCCAAGUCCAAACCCAUGACUCAGAUCUUGGAGCGUCUUUGCAAGUUUGAGUACAUCACAGUGGUCAUCUUUCCAGAGGACGUCGUACUCAAUGAGCCGGUGGAGAAGUGGCCACUCUGUGACUGCCUGAUCUCAUUUCACUCGAAAGGUUUCCCCUUGGAUAAGGCAGCGAGUUAUGUAAAACUGCGCAACCCACUGCUCAUCAAUGAUCUGAAUAUGCAGUAUUACAUACAGGAUAGGAGGGAAGUAUAUCGUAUCCUGCAGGAGGAGGGGAUAGAUCUUCCACGCUACGCUGUGUUAAACCGUGACCCUGACAAACCUGAUGAGUGUAACCUGGUUGAGGGAGAAGACCAAGUUGAAGUCAACGGUGAAGUCUUUCUAAAACCCUUUGUAGAGAAGCCAGUUUCUGCUGAGGACCAUAAUGUGUACAUCUACUACCCAACUUCAGCUGGAGGAGGCAGCCAGCGUCUCUUUAGAAAGAUUGGGAGCAGAAGCAGUGUUUACUCUCCAGAGAGCUGUGUGAGGAAAACUGGCUCCUAUAUCUAUGAAGAGUUCAUGCCAACUGAUGGCACAGAUGUGAAGGUGUAUACAGUAGGGCCAGACUACGCUCACGCAGAGGCUCGUAAGUCUCCUGCUCUCGACGGGAAAGUUGAGCGAGACAGCGAAGGCAAAGAAAUCCGCUACCCAGUCAUGCUCACUGCCAUGGAGAAGCUUGUGGCCCGUAAAGUGUGUCUGGCAUUCAAGCAAACAGUGUGUGGAUUCGAUCUUCUCCGAGCCAAUGGCCACUCAUAUGUGUGUGAUGUCAAUGGAUUCAGCUUCGUGAAGAAUUCCAUGAAGUACUAUGAUGACUGUGCUAAGAUCCUGGGAAAUAUUGUGAUGAGGGAGCUGGCUCCUCAGUUCCAGAUCCCCUGGUCCAUACCGACAGAGGCAGAGGACAUUCCUAUUGUACCCACUACAUCAGGGACCAUGAUGGAGCUUCGCUGUGUGAUAGCUGUGAUCCGUCAUGGAGAUCGUACACCAAAGCAGAAGAUGAAGAUGGAAGUGCGCAAUCCCAUGUUCUUUGAGCUUUUUGAAAAAUACGAUGGGUAUAAAACGGGCAAGCUGAAGCUAAAGAAACCCAAACAACUGCAGGAAGUUCUGGACAUUACCAGGACACUUUUGGCAGACAUAGGACAGCAUACUGACUGUGAAAUAGAGGAGAAGUCGUCCAAGCUUGAACAACUUAAGACUGUUCUAGAAAUGUAUGGCCAUUUCUCUGGAAUCAAUAGGAAAGUGCAGCUAACAUACCUUCCUCAUGGGCAACCUAAAACAUCCAGCGAGGAAGAAGAUACUCGGAAGGAGAGCCCCUCUAUACUGCUGGUGCUGAAGUGGGGAGGAGAGCUGACUCCAGCUGGCAGAGUUCAGGCUGAAGAACUUGGCAGGGCUUUUCGCUGCAUGUACCCUGGAGGCCAAGGGGAUUAUGCUGGUUUUCCUGGCUGCGGCCUGCUGAGGCUCCACAGCACCUACCGGCAUGACCUCAAGAUCUAUGCCUCUGAUGAGGGCAGGGUGCAAAUGACUGCUGCUGCCUUUGCAAAGGGUCUCUUGGCACUGGAAGGGGAACUGACACCGAUCCUGGUCCAGAUGGUAAAGAGUGCAAAUAUGAACGGCCUGCUGGAUAACGAUAUCGAAUCCCUCAGCGGCUGUCAGCAGAGGGUUAAGGCUAGACUUCAUGAGAUCAUGCAGAAAGACGAAAUCUUCACAGAAGACGACUUUGACAGGCUGGCUCCAACAUGCAGUAGCUCUCUGGUGAACUCUAUGAAGGCUGUGGAGAAUCCAGUUAGUAUGUGUGAUCAAGUCUACACCCUUGUCCAGAGCCUCACCUCACAGAUCCGCAAAAGACUUGAAGACCCCAAAUCAGCAGAUUUACAGCUGUACCACAGUGAGACACUGGAGAUGAUGCUGCAGCGCUGGUCUAAGUUAGAAAGGGACUUCCGCAUGAAGAGUGGCCGCUAUGACAUCAGCAAGAUUCCUGACAUUUAUGACUGUGUGAAGUAUGACGUGCAGCACAACAGCUCUCUGGGCCUAGAGGACACAUUGGAACUCUUCAAGCUCUCUCGAGAACUAGCCAACAUUGUCAUACCACAGGAGUACGGCAUUAAUAAGGUGGAGAAGUUGGAUAUUGCAUAUGCGUACUGUCUGCCUUUAGUGAAGAAGAUUCAGCUUGACCUUCAGAGGACACACGAGGACGAGUCUGUUAACAAGCUGCAUCCACUAUAUUCACGUGGAGUGCUGUCACCAGGCAGGCAUGUCCGCACUCGGCUGUAUUUCACGAGUGAGAGUCAUGUCCACUCCCUGCUUAGCAUCUUUCGUUAUGGUGGCCUGCUGGAUGAGGUGAAGGACCAGCAGUGGAAGAGAGCUAUGGAUUAUCUGAGUGAAGUGACUGAGCUCAACUACAUGACCCAGAUCGUUAUUAUGCUCUAUGAAGACAACAAUAAGGACCCAUCCUCUGAAGAGCGCUUCCAUGUGGAACUGCAUUUCAGCCCUGGGGUCAAAGUAUCUGAGGAGGAGAGCGCUCCGAUGGGAUUUGGCUUCCGACCAGCCUCUGCUGAAAAUGAUCAGAAGCAAACAGACCCUGGAAGUUUGGAAAAUCUCAUACGAGAUGAGCCUGACCGCGCUUUGCCCCUUUUAGAGACCAUCAGCUCCCAGAGGAAAUCCCCUCUGAUCCGGAAUCGCAAGACUGGCUCCAUGGAGGUCCUGUCAGAAAGCUCAUCCUCUAAAGGGGGCAGCUAUCGCCUCUUCCCCUCCUGCUCACGUCAGUCUCCAGAGAUGAAGCAGAGCGGAUUAGGGUCUCAGUGCGCUGGUCUCUUCAGCACCACCGUCCUGGGGGGCUCCUCUAGUGCCCCCAACCUUCAGGACUACGCACGCACACACCGCAAAAAAUUCCCCUCGGGCAGUUUGACCUAUAAAGACGGAAUCCAAAAAAGUUUGAAGCAAAAACAUGAGUUGUUGUCUAUGCCGGCAGUAAAGCGAUUUUCUGUGUCGUUUGCAAAGCAUCCGACUAAUGAACCCCUGGAAGAGCACCAGGUAGCCCAGCUGCUGAGGCGCUUUUCCAACGACCCCAAAAUUGGCCACCCGUUCUGUUUGGACAGUGCUUAUGCCCACCACCUCCAUCAGUGCUCCUACCAUCUCCGCCUCUUCCGCAACUGGUUAAUCUCUGGCCAGGACCCACUAGAGUACCUCUACGGUUUUGAAGGCUGCUCCAUGGUGCCCUCCAUCUACCCCCUGGAGACCCUCCAUAACUCACUCUCACUCAAGCAAGUCAACGAGUUCCUGACGACUGUGUGUGAGAAUGCAGGAGAUUCCCACACCAGGACAACCAGAGCUCUCUCAGCUAUGUUUGACUCCCAGAACCAGCCCACAGGGGACUCUUACAUCCCUCAUAGAGUGCUGUCCUCCUCUGUUUCACUGCGCCAGCGCUCUGAUCGGCCGCCCUGGUACAGCAGUGGUCCCUCCAGUACAGUGUCAAGCGCCGGCCCCUCGUCUCCCACGACGGCUGACACCUCCCCACGCUUCAGCUUCAGUGAGAAGAUCACCCUCACCCCGCAGAGCAGUGAGGAGACCCACCCGGCCCCUCACAACAACAGCCACUGCGUGUCCUCCACGUCUGAAACCAGCCUCCCCUCCGAGGACCCCCACCCGUCAGUGCCAUCCCCCAUCCUGGAGAGACCCAGUCAAAUAGCAGUGGACAGCACAGACUCUGCAGGCCAGUGUCUUACAGAGAGCCCCUUCUGUGAUGAAGCGCCAAGUCCGGCCCCCGAUGAGCCCAGCUCAUCAGAGUCCUUCUGUAGGCUGUCCGACUCCCUGCCUGUGCUCCUGGAGCUCAGAGAGAGCAGCUCAGAGGCCGGCUCCAGUGCCCAGACCCCGCUCACCCCGGAGGAGCCCGAUGAGUUCUUUGAUACACAGGAAACACUGGACGUGUGGAGGGGAAGCCCGGGGACCCUCCCUCACCCCGGCACUCCUCUAGAAGUGGGAUCUCCACAUGUGCCUGAGCCGUGAAGGAAACGCAGCCCCCGUCUCAGCAUGCUCUCGCUGUAGUGCCUCAGACCUUCAUAAUGAGUCAAAGUGGGAUUUGCCAACAUCAUUUAAGGGAAGCUGAGGAAACACGAAUCGCAAAUGCUCAUGUUGGAAAUCUUAAUAAACUCUCCAUGUGUUUAAUUCUGUAGUGUGGUUCAGAGAUGCUUCGUGUGUAACGCGUCACUCUAGUCAAACGGCCAGUGAUCAAACAUAAGCUGUUAAAUGCACUGAAACAUUUUAAUGUGCACAUAUUAUCUUCCUCGUCUCCAAACGACUGCAUCUUCUUCAUUAGCUGGUCUGGAAGAUAUUUUUCAAAGGAACGUUAUAUUUGAUAUCAGUCAAGCUGAACUCUUCAAUAAGGAACUUACAUAGCUAAAUGCAUAUAAUAAAGGGAUAGUUACCCAAAAUUAAUCAUCGGUUAAUCACAAACCCAUUACGUUUCAUUCAUCUUCAGAACACAAGUGAAGAUGUUUUUAAUGAAACCUGAGAGAUUUCCGUCCCUCCAUGGAAAGCUUCAUUCUUCAAAAUGUUCACAGACAUAAUAAAAGUAAUUCAUAUAAACCGAGUGGUGUAAUCCAAAUCCUGUGAAGAGACAUGAUCACGUUAUUUGAUGAACAGAUGCACUUCAGGCUUUUAUUAACUAUGUAUGUGUUGUUCAGUGUAUUAAAGCCUAAAUGAAAUUUCUUCAUCAUAGAUCAUGUCUCUAGAAGACUAGGAUUAAACUGCAUAUUUCUUUUAGUUUUGUGAGAAUGGACUUUCAAUAUAGCCUAAAAAUAUUUGUCUUUGUGUUUUCGAAGAUGAAAGAGAAAGUCUUACAGAUCUAUAACGACAUUAGGAUGAGUAAACGAUGAAAGAACUUUCAUUUUUGAGUGAACUAUCCCUUUAAAUGAACACUAACCAUUUUAUUACUAUUUGCCAAAGCUUGCUAUACCACUGUCAUAAUUUAUUAAAUCACUAUAAAAUACAUAUAUAUGUAGACGAUAUAUAUUUAUUGACUAAUAUGCAGCUUACUUUUAACAAUGAGACCGCAAAUGAACGAGUCUCAUUUUUUUAUAUUUUAGUUUUUAUUUUUGUAAAUCAUACAGUGCUGUCACGGUGUUAAAUAAUAGAGGUCUUCAUUUCAAUAACAUUACAACAACACUUUGUACUGCUCACCUUUUCAACAUUGAAGUACUUUUUUGUACCAUGAACUCUCCUGUUUGAUCAAAUGAAGAGUGCAGUGUGAUUUUAUUAUUUUUCCUUCUUUUUUAGUAUACAGUAAAGAGAGCGAGAGAUGCUGGUCCUGUUCUUCUGUUGAUCUGAACGUUUUUUAAUGAGCAUGCAGAACAUGUGUAGAAAUAAGUGACUCUCCUUGAUGUAGCACCAGCCUGAAAGACCUCUAGGAUCUAGAGAAGAGCAUCUCACUUCCCCUCCAGCAGCAAUGUCUGUUUCUGAAAUCACUGACACAUUAAAGCAUCUGCCUCGGACAGAUUCAACCCAAACGUGUCGUACUGUUGGUGCUGUAUGCGUCUGUGCAGUAGUAUUAAAUGGCACUUUGAUUUACAGUGUUUCAAAUAAAAGUGGCGUUGUCUACAGAA